UCUUGCCAGAUCUGGCGCAACCCACCCAUUCGUCGUGCCCGUCCUGACCGGCCACUCCCAACUCCGGCGACCACCGCGCCACCACCAUGGCCGCUCGCCGGAGCACCACAUCCACCCCGCGCGGCCUCCUCCUCGCCCUCCUUUUCCUCCUAUGCUCGUAUCUCCUAACCUUCGCCGCCGCCUACCGCCCCGGCGACAUCGUCCCGAUGUUCCGCGCCGGCCAGUACCACGGUUCGAGAUCGGUGUGGUUCGACGUGGUAGGCCGCCACUGUCCGGCCUUCGCGGUCAAUCGGGAGGUGCUGAUGCCGAUCCCAAAGCCAACCGGGUUCACUGGUGCUGAUCCGUACAAGAUAACAUUUCAAAUUGGACAUGAAAAGUUCCAUAUUCCUUGGCUUUAUGUUAUAAAUCGCAAAACCUCCGAAGUUCCAAUGAUUGAUUUCCAUUUGAAGUACUCUGGAAAUGAUCUACUUGGGGUAACAGCUAAAGUUGUGGACAUGCCUCACCACUAUGUAGAAGUUCAUCCUGACAUAAAGAAGAAUUUCUGGGAUCUACAGAAUUGGCCAAAAUAUGUUCUUGUUAGAUAUACAUGGGAAGAGCAGUCAGAGAUAGAUGUUGCUGGAGGGUUUUACGUGUUAUUUGGAUCUGGGCUUGUUCUGUCCUUCAUCCUUGCAAUCUAUGUCCUACAGUCAUCUCAAGAAAAGUUGACAAGGUUUGUGCGAGAAGCAGUUGCAGAUAGUAGCCUGCCAGAGGGUGGAGUUGCAAAGGUCGAGUGACCUAUCCACAAUGAGAUGUCAUGUUGUCCACUAAUUUCUACACUGAUAGGAACACCAACAAGAGAUGCUCAACAGUCAGUUUUCUUGGAUGUGUAGCUUGUUAUACUAGAACCUCAGACAUCUGAGGAUCCAGUGCAUUCUUUCUUGUGCAUGGUCUGAAAUGAACUUCAGUGUAAUACGAGAAAAGUGGAGAAAGAUGAAACAUAGGAUCCUCAGCGUCGCAUUUUGACCGGACUGGAGUUUUGGUGUUUACUAUCCGUUGCAGAAGUUUGGGAGUGGACAGUUUUUGGGUUUAUGUGGGUUUUGUAGAAUAUGUAAUGGAAAAUGCUGAAACUGCUGGCCAGACGUGUACGAUUUGCGUUACAUGUUUUCACAAAAUACCAAAUUGACCUUGACACUGUAAUGACCAAAUUUUGAAAAAUUCCUUUGAAGCA